GGAGAGGGGAAAGGGAACAGUGGUACCAGACGAAUUUCCUAGAUGACGUCCUUGCUAAGUUUAAAACGAAUGCCUCGAGAAACAGAGAACGGAGGAAGGGUCCCCUCUCCCAUCUUCUUUCUUCUUUCUCCUUCCUCCAUGCCUUAUACAGCGCCGUUCUCCCCAUCCAGAGCCUGAGCAUCGCGGCCACUUCGGCGGACUACAUUGCCCAGAAGGCUCUAACGCGGCCCGGGUGGAAGACGCUGCAGGUUGUUGUGGAACCGAGCACGUGCGGAGGGGAGGGGAGUAAAACAGGGAAUCGGCCUUUGAUUGGUGGACCGCACGUGAACGCUCGAGGCGGCGCAUGCUCAGAGACGCCGUGGGUUUUUUCCUCCUCGCCUCUACCUAACUACGCAACCAGGGCCUCUCAGGGACGCGGGAGGCGACAACGGGCACAGAGCCCGGUCCGUGGCCCAGCGGCCGGCCUGCGGGAAGCCAGGCGCUGCCGAGAGCUGCGGGAAAUGGAGCCCGCGGAGAGUUCCCGAACGCGGAGGUCCGGAAGAACGCCCGCACGUGCGCAGUGCCGCGGAGGGGCUGGCGUUGCGCGCGCAGCCCCGCCCUCCGCAGUAGCUGCGACUCUUCCAGAAAGGGCACCCCAGCCCGAGACACUCCCUCCAUGCAGCAGGAAGAUGGCAGCUGGGGGCACCCCUGAGCGCAGGCCCGUUCGCUUCUGCCCAGAGUGUGGGGAGGAGGUGAAGCCCACCUUCACCUUCUGCCCCUACUGCGGGGACGCCCUGCCACGUAGGGAUGACAUGGGGAGCCAGAGCUCUCCGCAGGCGCUCGGGGCCGCCGGAGAAGCCUCCAGGAAGAGAGAGGCCCAAGGCCAAGGGGUCCAGAGGAAGAGAGUGAAGGGGGCCUCGCCCUGCACCUCGCCUCCCACCUCCCCCCCCGGACCCCAGGGGGUCACGGCCACCACCAGCCCCCUGGGGAAGGCCAAAGGCCGUGGCUCCCCCCAGAAGCCGAGAUCCGCCAAGGUGCUGUCCCUGGAGGCUCUGAGGGCGGUCGAGGUCCUGACGGACAAGGACAGGCGGAGCUGGAGGCUGGGGAAGCUGGUGACCAGCGGCGAGGGCGCCAUGCUCUUUGAAGCCUUCCUGGCCUCUGACUCCGUGCUCCCGAAUCAGCGAUUUUUCCUCAAACUAGAUUUGAAAAACGGACGCCUCUUCCACGAGCAGAACUUCUUCCAGAGAGCGGCCAAAGGGAAAGCAGUGGACAGAUGGAAGAAGGCCCGCUCCCUCCCCUUCUUGGCCAUCCCGGCUUGCAUCACCUUUGGCCUGUACCAGGACACCUUCAGGUUCCUGGUGUUCCCCUGCCUGGGGAGAAGCCUUCAGUCGGUCCUGGACGAGCGCCCCGGCAAGCUGCUGGCAGAGCUGACCGUCUUCCAUCUCUUGUUCAGACUGGUGGAUGCCCUGGAAUUCAUCCAUGAGAACGAGUACGUUCACGGAAACAUCUCGGCAGAGAAUAUCUUUGUGAAUCCGGACACGCCUGGCCAGGUCACCCUGGCUGGCUACAGCUUUGUGUUCCGCUACUGCCCCGAGGGGAAGCACGUGCCGUGCGUGGAGAAGAAAAGAGACCCUCACCAGGGGACGCUGGAGUUCAUCAGCCUGGAUCUGCACAGGGGCGCAGAUCCCUCCCGCCGCAGUGACCUGCAGGCCCUCGGCUAUUGCCUUCUGAAGUGGCUCUACGGGAUCCUGCCGUGGACCGGGCAGCUCUCCAACGCUCAGGAAGUCAUGGGGCAGAAGGAGAGGUUCCUGUCCAACGUGGCGGAGCUCAUGAGGUGGUCCUGUGGCCAGAGGAAGCCUUCAGAAGCGCUGAAGACCUUCCUGAAGGCGGUGAUGGAGUUGCAGUACGAGGAGAAGCCCGACUACCGCAUGCUGCAGACGGCCUUGGCGCCGGCCCUGGAACAGUACCACCUCAUGCCCUACGGCCCCAUCUCCUUCUAGCCGACUCGCAGAUUUAUCGGCUCCCUGCUUGUUUCCUCCAAAAGUGACUAUGAAGCCGGCCCGAGUGUCAUUCUGCGAGGGGCCCCCGCCUCGGGCUGAUCUCGCCAGAGCCAGAAGUUCUCUCAGAAAGCUUAUUUCUCAGUCUUAGAUAAUGUGAAAAGUCCAGUCAGCGCCCGUGAGACCCGCCGAGGAGGCGGAAGCCGGGGACUCGGGGGACCGUGCUUGGGGUUCUGGGAUCGCCCCCCUGCCAGCCCUCCCCCGGGGCCCUGGGCGGCCCGCCUACACCUGUGGGGUCUGCCUGGGACUCUCCCUUAACCUCAGAGCCCCCAGAGCUGCGGCUUUAUGUUCUGUGCUCCUGCCUCCCGGCACCCCCCCCGCUCCACACUGACCCCCCGCCGCUGCCCCCUCGCCGUGGGGAGGAGCCACAUCUCCUGCUUCAUCCCUUCGCUCUGCAGACUGUGGCUCCCAGAGACUCUCGGCUGAGUUUAGAUGCGGCCCCCCAGGAGCCCAGACGUCUCUGCCCCAGUAUUUAAACUGGAGCCCAGGGCAGCGCGUGAUGGCGGCACCAAAGGAGACGGUGGAGAGGGAAGUGGCCCCCGAUCGGGCCUUCCUGUUUCCUUGGAGCGGGGACGACGUCCCAGAACAGAAGCGACAUGGGAUGGGACGUGAGAUCCUGAGACCGGGAUGUCCGACGGCGGUCGUCGCGCCCGGCCCCCUCCAGAACACCCCCCCACCCGAUUCUGCAGCUAUUUCUUGAAGACCUUUGCAGCCACCAAGGCAGCCCGAGCUUCUCGCGUCAGGCCGACCUUCAUUUCUAAAGGCGAGGCCCUGAGACGGGCAGGAACGAGCUCCGAAACGUGCCGCUGGACCGUAGGGCCGGGCGGCUCUCCCUGGGCCGAGGGACCCCAAGAUUUCUGUGAAACGUUGGAAGUUGUUGUUUUUCUUAGAGGAUGGUAGAGCCGGGAGUUUGAUUUGUUUGGCCAUUAGGGAUUUUCUUGCCAAAAGGGACCGGAGUGCUUUCCGCUUUCCUUCCACAAGGCAAACUGGUGAAAUGACUUUCCUAGAGCCACAUAGCUAGUCUGCAGCUAGAUCUGAACUCGGGUCUUCUGGACUCUAGCCUGGGGCUGUAGCCACUAGAAAUCUUAAUUCCACUUGCUUGAGGUUUUGUUUUCAAUUCUGUUCUGAGGUCACUGUGACCACGAUGAUGACAGGGAUUGGGGGCGGUACACAGAUACCGUCGCCGCGUGUUGGAUGUAAGCAGUUUAUCCUCAUUUAGUCCUUUGUCUUUGUUCUUUCUGAUGAAUUUUCCCCCUUUGCACUAUUUUUGGGGUGUUUUGUGUCUGAUUUGCAGAUUUUAUAACUUUUAAAAAUUGUUGAAAAAAAUUAAAUAUAAAUACAAACAUAAAAUAAAACUAUAUUUAACUUAA